GAAGGCCGGUUCUUCGUGGGCUCGCGUCUGGCAGCUUACUUGCCGCCCCGCCCCACCAGGCUUCGCCGCUGGAAGGGUAACGGUUACGAAGCACUUUCACGCCGCUAUUUCUGCUUAGUCAUUGUCUUCCAGGAAACGGCUCCCUCAUUUGGGAGUCAACUCUCCUGCGGCGGCCGCAGUGCCAGAAGCCGCAGCCACUAACGCGUCCUUCCUGGGCCACCGCUCCGCUACCGCUGCCCGGCCUCCCUCGGGCCCGAGCGCAGGCCGAGGUCCCGCCGCGCGGGGUUGGGGCAGCCUCGCGCCCAGCUUUUCGGCCUCGGGCACUCUAUCUGCGGGAGCGCCUUCUUCCCCGCCUGCUGCCCCAUCACCGCCUGGUCCCCUCCGUCGGCCGCUACCAUGGGCACGGACAGCCGCGCGGCGAGAGCGCUCCUGGCGCGGGCCCGCACCCUGCACCUGCAGACAGGGAACCUGCUGAACUGGGGCCGCCUGCGGAAGAAGUGCCCGUCCACACACAGCGAGGAGCUUCGAGAUUGUAUCCAAAAGACCUUGAAUGAGUGGAGUUCCCAAAUCAGCCCUGAUUUGGUCAGGGAGUUUCCAGAUGUCUUGGAAUGUACUGUAUCUCAUGCAGUAGAAAAGAUAAAUCCUGAUGAAAGAGAAGAAAUGAAAGUUUCUGCAAAACUGUUCAUUGUAGGAACAAACUCUUCAUCAGCAACUAGAAAUGCAGUUGACAUGGCCUGUUCAGUCCUUGGAGUCGCACAGCUGGAUUCUGUGAUUAUUGCUUCACCUCCUACUGAAGAUGGAGUUAAUCUUUCCUUGGAGCAUUUGCAGCCUUAUUGGGAGGAAUUAGAAAACUUAGUUCAGAGUAAAAAGAUUGUUGCUAUAGGUACCUCUGAUCUAGACAAAACACAGUUGGAACAGCUGUAUCAGUGGGCCCAGGUAAAACCAAAUAGUAACCAAGUUAAUCUUGCCUCCUGCUGUGUGAUGCCACCCGAUUUGACUGCAUUUGCUAAACAAUUUGACAUACAGCUAUUGACUCAUAAUGAUCCAAAAGAGCUGCUUUCUGAAGCAAGUUUCCAAGAAGCUCUUCAGGAAAGCAUCCCUGGCAGUCAAGCACAUGAGUGGGUGCCACUGUGGCUGCUGCGCUAUUCAGUCAUUGUGAAAAGUAGAGGAAUUAUCAAAUCCAAAGGCUACAUCUUACAAGCUAAAAGAAGGGGUUCUUAACCAUGACUUAGGAUCAUAACCUACUGACUUGUAUUUUCCUUGAAUGUUAGAUAAAAUUGAGAUGUGUAAGAAUCUAUUAAUUACUACAGUGUCGUUGAGGCAGAUAUUCUUUAGUUAUAUUUUUGAUGUGUUAUCUGUCAAGUUUUGAAUACUUCUCUUGCCCCCUGUCAGUUCACUCACAUGAACCUCUGUAUUGUUUCCGUUAAACUAUUGUUUUCUAAUUGAAAUUAUCUACGAAGAAAUUUGCAAUAUAUUUUUCCUUUAUUUUUAUGACUAACAAAUCAAAAUGUGUUGUUAGAUAUAUUUUGGCCUAGGCAUCAGGGUAAUGUAUAUACGUAUUUUUUAUUUCCAAAAAAUUAAUUAAUUGCUUCCUACUCUAUAGUAUAAUUAAGCAACUUGGCUACAAUUGUUAAAACUGAAAUACUGGAAGAUAUUUUUCCUGUUAAGAUGAUUAUAUCUCAGAGUAACUGGUGUAGCUGAGAUCUACUAGUAGUGUAAAUAAAAUUCAUUUCUUCAAUACAUGGAUAGAAACAAAUUUUUCUGUUUACUUAGUAACUUAAUAACCUUGCUUGUAAUUUACCUAUAAUGAUUUAGCCUUGUAUUCUUGUGCCAUAUUUUCUCUUGCUAUUAUAUAGAAAGACAAACCAAAGUAAAUCUAAAAAAAGCAGACUACAAACUUCGAAAUGAUUGUUUGGGGGUUUUAUAAAAGCAACUAUUACCACCUUCAGAUUCUUUUUAAUUCUUGAUUCAUCCUUAAUAUUUUGCUAUUCAUUCAAGAAUAUCCAAUCAGUGUUGAGCACUUACCAUGUGCUGGGCACUAGGGGUUCUGGAGAGAGGAGGGCACACAGGGAUUAAGAAUUAGUUGUUCAGUAUGUGAUAUUUAUUCCCCACUAAUAAGUGACUGCGAGGGACUAAACACCAGAAGAGAUGUGAAAAAGUCUUUAAUUUAUGGGCAGCAUUGUCUAUUUAGACAACUUUGUUUGAGAUAUGGUCUUAAUUAUUUAAAAGCAAAACAAUAUAAUCAAAACUUUAGAGCUAGAAGAGACUAUACAUCAUUUGGUGUAAUUCCUCAUUAGUUUAAGAAGCAGAAAACAGCAAAUAAAUAAUCUGUGACCUUCGAUAUAUACUAUAUAGGACUCCUUAAUUCUAUAAAUUUGAAAAGUUCUUUAAAAAUUUCUUAAAACUCAAUCAAAACUUUUAAACCAUGUAUUUUAAUAUAUGGUUUUUCUACACACACACACACACACACACACACACACACAAAUAUAUAAAACUAAUUUGCCCAAGUUUUUUCAACUUACAGAAAAGAACUGUGGUUACUCAAAGUGAAUACACUAGACUUUUUCUAUCAUAAAUAAGGUUUUGUGGUUAGAUAAUUUGAUCAUUAGAAUUAUGUUAAAUCAGAGACCUGCUAAAAUUUGUUUAGACUUCAAGCUUCCUAAAGCCUUUGAUAGCCUUUAUAUUAAUUGUAAGUAAUGUUAUUAAGUGUAUAUAGUUAACUUUAUUUGGAAAUGUACAACAUUUUUCAUUAAAGUAAGUCUAAACAAAUGCUCAUUUUAAUUUAAGCCUAUAUACAGUGAGUUGGUCAAGAUGUUUUAAGAAGGAAUUUUAAUAUCACAUUUAUUGUUGUUUCUUAAACCCUGGACUUAAAAAAAUGGAUUGUUUGAAGGGUUAUUUUGAAAAUGGGAAAAAAAUUUAUGUUGCUAAUGUAUACAACCUUAAAAGGAGCUUUUCUGUGUUCUUUCCGCCCACUUCUGACAAAGAUUAUAGAUUCAUUUUGUGAAGGGGAUCAUGUAUGGAAUUUUUAAAUGAAUUUUUGUUUAUUUCACUUCUGUACUUUUAAUUUCUGUUAUUGAAUAGCCAUUUUUUUAAAAACUGAUUAAGGUUUUAUAAUUUUCCAAGCUGAUGUUCACAUCUGUGUGUGUGUGUGUGUGCGCGCACGCGCGCUAUCAGAUAAUAGUGAAUACUUUUAAAAUAUUUAAGAACUUAAUGUUUAAAAAGCCAUAAAAUAAAGAACAGUGAUACUACCAAAUAAUUGCUUAAAGCUGAAAGCUAAGUUAUCAAUAGUGUCUAUGACAGGUGUUUCCUGGGGAGAUGUAUAUCCAGUGGACCAAAAUAGAAUUUAUAUAACUGUUUUUUUCAGUAAAACAUGAAAAAAAACUGCAGUUUAUUAUUACAUUUCCAAAAUACACUGGAGCCUUACUUUAACAAAAUGUACUGUAACUAGGAGUUUGUUCUGUGAUAAGUAUGUCUUGAAUUUUCAUCCAAGAAACUGUAGUCACCAGAAGGACCAAGGUAUCUUAUAAAAAUGUUCAUGUGGUAUAAAUUCUGAAGCCCUCUUGUGCCAGUAGCUAGUAGAGUAUUCAUUUAAGGAUAACCCAUGCUACAGCUUGGAUCACAAAUAAUAGCUAAUAAUUUUUUCCAUUCUCAGAAAAGAUAAAACAGUUAUGUGUGAAAUAGAAAAUAAAAUAAUUCUAUUUGAAUGAAUGUUUCAGACUUCUCCCUACCAGAGCGAAGUAGUAACUGAAAUAGAAUCUCGAUUUUCAGUUACUCAAUGAAAGGUCUAAGCCUCGUUUGAUGAUAUCUCUUUUCAGAAAAGGUUUUCUUUCUAAUAUUUCCAACCAGCAUUUUCAAUCUUUGGGAAUGUAAGUGAUUGAUAUAUUUAUUGUAUAUUGGCUGACAGUUCAUCUUUCUGCCAACUGUACAUUUAGAAAAAUUCAAAGUUCUUUCAAUGAGAAUUUAAACUAUUUGUGUUUUUUAUACUCAAAUAUAUCAACUUAUGAUUCCAAACCCAUUUUUUUAAAGUUAACUUCAUAGUGUAUGAGAACUUGUGCUUGUCAUUUUCCUAUAAAGUUUGUGAUGGGAUACAUCAGUUUUAUUUUUGAAAAUAGGUAAUGUAACUUUUUGCUACCAGAUAAUUCAACUGGUGUGCAUAGUGGUACACUAUAAAAUACAGGCAAGAUAUAAAGCAUUAAUAUUUAUAAUAGUUUUAAAUUUUACUUCUGAAUUUAAUUGAAGUGUGAGAAUAUUUGAGUUGUCUCAGCAGUUGAAAGCAUCCUGAAACAUUAUGGUUUUGAAUUAUUUGAACUUAAACUGAAUAUAAUUUGAAAAUAAAUUUGAAUAAUUUUUAAAUAUCCAAGCCAUUCAUGCAUUCAUUCAAUAGACACAUCAAAUGCUUACUAUGUGACAGGCUCUGUGCAAGGUAUUAGCAGAUAGACACAGAAAUGAACAAACUCUGUUUUCUAGAGGCGAAUAGUAUAUUUGGUGAGAGGAGAUUUGUACAAGAACCAGAGCAAUAAAAAGCUACAUCUGUUAAUAAUAGCUGUGGUGAAAAGGAGUUGGGGUAUGUGAAAGGAAAUGGGGCUUCAAAGUGCUAUUUUUAGAAGACUAAUGAAGAAACUAGCCGUAGGGUAAGGUCAGAGGAGGAAGUGAGGGUGGGCAUUCUGCUUAGAGGCCCUUUUUGCCUGGUUUGUAAAUAUGCUUUUAUUGAAUGAUGACGUUUAUAUAUAUAAACUUUAGAAAUUCAGUGUAAACACUUUCUUCAAGAGCUUGUGCUUUCUGGAUAGAAAGGAAUGACUUCUGUUGAGACACGAGUAGGUAAGGUUGGAAGUCAUGUUUUAUAGAGACCAAAACUUGCCCAAAUCCCCUAAAUAUAUCAGGAUAUGGCUUUAGGUAGUUUCACUACCAGAAAAGUCACCUUAAUGUGUAUCCCUCAGCAAUGAAUAAAUGUAUAAAAUGUCAUACAA